AUGUCACUGGAUAACGGAGGUGUUGCACGUGGCCUUCAGUAUCGCAACCACGAUUUCGCGACAUUUGGACACUGCAAAACUAAAGCCGAUACAACUACCGAUCUGGGUGAAGAGUGUUUUGAUUUACAUAAUAUCAAGAAGCCAACAUCGGCUUCAUCGGUUACGCUGAAGCAAACCUCAACACCAUCACCGAGUUAUCCAUCAGCGAAUUCGUGGCCUGGAUUUGGAGGUCGUCAUACUCAUAGCGGCGAAGAUAUUCAGGUUCCUACUGUAGACUCUAUCAAGUCACCAUGUUCAGCCAAGUGCGAAUUACCUUUCCGACAGCAAAAACUGAUAAGGCGUGUAUAUGUAUUUUCAUCAAAGAUGGCAAAUGACGCAGCAAUUGGCGUGCGUCAAAAAAAAUAUGAGUCGAUUAUUGCUUGGCAUGAAGCAAAUUGCCGGCCAAGCACAUCUAAAUGUGAUUUCAUAGAUGAUUGCCAGACAGUGCCUACAUCGAAGAAAAAACGACGUAGUGUGCAAGACUAUCGAAAUGGAUCACCGAUGAGAUCAUGUGGUACACCUUCCGUAUGCAGUCCAUCAAGUACUAUGCUUCCAACGCCUUCGCAGACAAGCGGCGAGUCAAGCGGUAACCCACCAAGUAAUCCUUCUGAAACACCUUCUUGCGAAUUGCUCAAUCCUGAUGAUCACACUGAUAUUGGCGAUAAUCCAUUAAGGUGUUAA